GGGGAUAUUUAGAGCUUAUAGAGAGCCCAGGAAGAUGUUCUGCAGGGCUGGCAGCUCAGUGGUAUGAUCUCCCUGGCUGAGCCUUGGCUGGGGAUUAGGAUGGAGAUGUCAGAAAUGAGAGUGUGCAGCUCACAGGCCUACUGUUCUGCUUAGAGCCCGCUCCUAGAUCACCCAUGCGGCCUGCUGAGAGGGAUAGGCCGCCCCACCAGCUCAGUCUAGGCGAUGUGGGGAGGGAGGGGGACUGGGUGUACUGAUAGAUCCUGUGCCAUCUUUAGCUCGUAGGAGCCUGCAGUCCAGGAAAUGUAGGAACGCGUGUCUUGCUGGCAGCUGAAAUGUAUGCCAUUACUUUGUAAAACAAAUGUUGUAGCAUAUGAUAUGCCUUUCUGAUCACACCGCAAGGAAAGAUAGGAAGGGGAAGGAGAUGGGGGACAGUUUCUGGUGGUGUGCACAGCAGGUCAGGCUAGAAAUAUUGCUUUGUUUACACUGAUUCUGCUGUUUUGUGUUCUUCGGUCUGUGUUACAUUCUCUUGAGGAAAAAUCUGUAAAGUAAAAGACUCGGGGCAUUUUCCUGCUUUAAAAAAGGAUAUUAUUGGAAUACGGUUACCUCUUUGCUGAGUCCUGUAAUAGACACAACAUUGUGUGCUUGCUGAAGUGUGAAAAGCAACUUCAAAGGGGCUAUUCUAGAAUCUUGGGCAAUGCACAAACAGAUCAGAAGGGCUGAGGGCUGUGAUCCGAAACACACUGCAGUCAGGGGAGGGAUGGCUGCUUUGGAUGAAUGCCAGGGACUUUUCAGUCCAAGAUCUUAUUUUUGCUUGCUUGAAUUCAAUCAGUUUAUUUGGGUUUAAGGUAUUAUUUAGAAGAUGGUUCCAAGAACAUGAAAGGAUUGUGAUUUUGAACAUAAACCUAAUUAAUUUUGUGGUACUACUGUAUAGAAGUGGUUAUUCUGUUCCUCCCUUCAGAUAUGCAGUUGAUCGGUUCAUGAACAGAGGCAACUGAAUGGCCAAGUAGGAUAAUAACAUACCUCUCUCAGGUGGUUUGGUGUCUUCAGGAUGUAAUCUUUUCUCCACAGCAUUUCUUGUCUGUCCUGGAAUAGUGUAGUGUUUGUAUAAAUUAGACGUGCUCUUACUGCAAGAGCAAGUGGAGUCACAAAUGCUCCGAGAUGGUAUGUUGCUGCAAGAUAGAGAGGAAUGUUUCUAUUCUGAUUCAUUGUGGCUGCUUUAAAAAUUGGAGAUCAUUUGACUGUCUUCAGCAUGAAUGGCUUAUUGGAGUGCAGGCGCAGUAAAAAACAAAACAAAAAAGCAUUUACAGAACUGGCUUACAGGUGACCCUCCUUUAAUUAAAGUGUAACUUGAGUCCCAGAAUUUGCUCAUUGGAUGACUUGGAACCAGUUUUUUGCUUCCUGCAUUGUCCAUUUGAAGUGGAAAGUAAGAAGAAAUGAAACUCUGAUUUUUUUUAAAAUUCAUUUUUUGUCUUGUGUUUCAAAGGAAAUCAGGCAGCUUAGAAAAGUUGAACAUUCUUCCAGAAAGUGCAUUAAUCCAGCUUGGAUGUGCUUAUCCAAACCCUCUAUAAGCCAGUACUGCUGUUUUUACCACUGUUUCCAUUUUUCUUGCCAUAAAAUAUCCUGUCACAGAUCUCUCCAGAAAGAUUAAAAGGUGACUUUUCUUCCUUUGAUUACCUCCUUAUACUCUGAUUUAGAAAAACACCAUCGAACUGGUUGAAUGUGGCAAUUUCUGUUGAUUCUAAUGAAUAAAUUAAUUUCACACACAAUUCUAGGAGAAACAUCCACUGUUGCCUGCUUUAUUGUCUGCAUUGCUUUAUAUAUGUGAUUUGGUUUUAUAGUGUUAAUUUGCUAUUAAAAUAUGGGCAUUACUGAUUACGUACAGAGGGCCUUGAUUUGCUCUUGAUUGCUCCACUGGUUGGCAGCAGGGCAUUGUGCUUGUGCAGGAAUGGGGAUGUUAUCAGAACUGAACAUUUGUCAAAGGCCAUUAGGACUUUUUUGGUUUGGUUUUUAAGUUACCUCUGAAGUACUCAGCAAAAGCCACUGGCAGUGGGUUAUCAGACUAAGUAGAUGUCUGGGUUGGCUUGCUAUAACAUAAUAAUCCUAAAUAAAGCAAUAUUUCUGGCGUAAGUUUUCCUUUGGUGUAUCCUAUCAGCAAAGGCCUACUCAAAAUGCCAGGAAAAAGACAUUCUUGUGGUAAUUCUGGCAUCCUUGAAGAUAGGAAGUAUUGGAAAAUUUGUAAGUGAGUCUGCUUUCAUAAAAUGUCCAAGCCAGUUUUGUGUAAGUGAAACGCUUGGAAAGUUCAGAUAUGAAGCCAGAGGUUGGCUCAAGUGUGUGAAAUUAACUUGUGUGGAUCAAAUUUGGCCUUACAGCGUGCUUCAGAUUUAAUUCUGGAACGUGCAAUUCCGGCAUCAGUCAGUUGUUUGUUUAUUUAUUUAUUUUCAUUUCAUUCUGCUUUGCUUUUGCUCAUUCAUCACUAUUAAGCAAUUUCCUGGGGCCACUCAGGCUUAAGGGUGUGUUUGCAUGACUACCAGAAUUGUCUGCGGUUAUACAGACAGGACAGAAACUAUUAAAGAGGGCUGUAAGAUAUUUUUUUCCCUGUCUACAGCACUGUAUACACUUUGUUACAGUCAUCGUGGGUUUCUCAAUGUUUUCCAGAAAAUGUAAUGUGAAGAAUGGUCCCAGUAAGGAAAGAGAUGGGAGCUUUAUGCUAACAUAGUCAUAUAGAGUAAAUUCCUUUUUCUCAUGUUUUUAGGGUCAAGUUUUUAACAUUGGUAACACACUACUGGCACUGCUGCUUUUUACUCUUUUUGCUGGGAAAAUAGUAUCCAAGAGAAUAUCCACUGGCUGACUUAAAUUCAAUUCCAUUUUCCUUUCAUAGUUUUUAACAGUGUUUAAUGAGAGAUGCAACUGAAUUGCAGAGCUAUUAUUCUUCCCCUGAAUGCACUGGGGUCUCUCCUGAAGUCCUGUGAAGGCUUUUUGAUCACUCACAUUUUAAUCCUGUCCCUCAUAAUUAUUUUUUGGCUUAUGGGGAGUCCUGUACAUACUAAUUCUGGAAGUCUUAGUCAUGCUUAUUUAACAAAUGGUUCCAGUUCCCCAUUUAUCUGCUUUUGUAUCUAUUGUUUAUUGGCUUUUUUUUUUAAUUGAGUCUUUAAACUCUUGGGUUCAGGAGCUAGGACCACCCUGCGUUAGGCAGUAUACAAACACAAGGCAAAUUCUCAGCUGACAAUUAAGCAGCACUUAGGUAUCCUAGAGAGUAAAUAUCCACCACUGUUGCAAAAACAGGCUUUGUGUCCUAUGGAUAUUGAAUGCUGCAAGGAGUUAGGCUUUACAAAGCCUAGCUGUGUGCUUAGGCAGAAACAUGAUGCUUUUUCUCACGUUCUCUCUUUGCCUUGCAUUUCCUCUCAUUCACAUAAAGGGGCUGACAAAUGCUUAGGCAAAGCGAAUGCUUUAGGCAAAGCUUGCCCCUCCUAUUGUCUUUCUUAUUUGCUUGCUUGUUUUGACAGCUUCUCUAUUCAGUAUCAAACAACAGGAGAGAAGGAGCACUGCUAAAAAUAAAGAUACUCUGUUUUCACGUAAUCCCGUGAAAAAGAACAUUCUGUUUCCUGCACUGUGAGAUUCCUUACUGGACCUAACUUUUGUAAUGGCAAGAAGAACAGUGAAAGCCUACUGUAAUCAGGAAUCAUGGCGAGUUGCAUUCUACAAUGCAACUUCUUCAACUCUUCUAUACAGCAGAAUGCAACUGUAGAAUGCAACUCGCUCUAUGUAUAAUACUUAGUACCCUCUGAAGACUUGAGCUGGGAGCAUGAUUUUCUUGGCGUUUGGGUUUGAAGCAGAGCUUGGGGGUGUCAGAGGGCAGUUAGCUGAACCCAGGCUCUUCCCAAAGCAUUUUUUGUUCUCCCUUUGAUUUUCUACAUGGCCCUCACCUGCACAGUCACACAGAGGGGCACAUGUGGAUGCACGGUCUGUGACAGACUGAGCAUGAAUGUUCAUGCUGCUCUUAAAACAGGCCAUCCCUCUGCACUUGUUCUGCAGUGUACUUAUGUAGUCAUGUAUGCAGAAUGUAAAUCCCGCAAAGAUGUGCCAGAUAUCUAGAGGCUGCCUGUGCUGUGUUGGUGCAACUAGUGAAAGUAGUAUAUGGUGCUUGCCAUUCUUCCUGUCAGUGGCAGAGCAUGUCUAGACAGACCUUGGCAUCUUCAUUCCUCUCAGUCCCAUUGCCAGCAGGUGCCAGGAAGGAUGGUCAUGGCUUAGACAUAUGUAAAGGGAUGUGCCCUUUAAUGCUUCUUGCUUCGUACUCUUUCAGGAAAUGCAGGUAAUGAAACAGAUGACAUAUAUAUCUAUUGGGAUUCCUAGUCUUUCAAUCUGAGCUUUCCAGAGACUGGCUAGAUACGUCUGGCAGAGCCCUGAAGAGCUCGGAGUGGCUUUUAUCCGUGUCUGCUACUGAGCUAUAUUAACAUACGACGGGGCUAGGUUACCUGUGGUUUGAUCUUUGGGUGCAACCCAGCUCUGCCGCUGUAUGGUCCCAUAUAAAGGCUAGAGGUGUGGUGUGCUGUGGUUUAGGGUGGCCACAGUGAUGAGAAGAGCUUCUAGAGGGACCUAAGGGCCUCAGGAAAUUUUGACCACCUCCUUGGUUGCCUCUGGGCGUGUGUUUUGAGAUCUCAGAUACAAACCAAAUCACUUGCUUUGAUUCCCUCCCUAGUCCUUUUUGUUUUUAAUAGUGUUCUCUGCAUUUAAUAGUGCUGCUCUGCAAAUGAGGCAAUAAUGGAGCAGAUUUAUUAAGCUGAUAGAUUAAAGAACAGGAAAUAACAGUGGAUUUAGUGGAAUUUGAAGACAGUUGUGACCUUCGGGGAAUACUGCAGUGUGCUCGAAUGAAGUCUGGGUGGUGCCAGUGGUCAGGAUGGCCAAAGUCGUAGGGGACAUUUGAAGUUAAGAGAAAAUCCCUUUGCUUAGAUGUUAAAAACAACUUGUUGUUCUGCUGAUUCUGCAGCAAAGCCCCUAUCUUCUCAACACUGAAAGGAAAAUAAAACACGUUUAGCCUGAUGCAGGUCCUCCCCAGGCAGCGGUCUGUUUAGUUGUGAAUUUACAACUUCUUUGCUUGCUGCAGAAAAGGAACCCAAAUGUUUUGUUGUGCUCUGGGGCUGGCAGAUGCAGAUGUGUUGUGGUGCUGGUGGCUUGCUCUGUAGCACUGAGCAGGAUGCAAUGAGCCAGGGCUUAUGUAUGGUGUUGUGCUGGCGGCUGGGCUGAGGCCUGGGAAGCACUUGAGGAAGAGUUUGUCAGAGCAAGUGCUGAGAAGGUGAGUAACACACGCGUUUAGAGUCGCUAAAGGUAUCGAUUCUUUUUGCAUUGCUAUCCUGGUAUAGACUGUGUCCACUGGCAGCACUGUGUACCCUUUCCUUGGGGCAUUUGUAUGCAAACACUGCUGUCUCCUGCUGUAGCUAAUGCCUGCAGCACAGACAGUUAACUCUUGUGCUGUCCUAAUUCCUAUCCUGUCCACUUCCCCACCUUCUCCAAUUACUUUUUGGUUUCGUCUAUUUAAGAGCUGUGAAUUACUACAGUAAACCUGCGACUCUCAGGGGAUGUGUUUAUCUGUGGCUGAUGUUACUGAGUGGAAAUGUGCAGCGGUGUAGAAGAUGAGACCAUUUGUAUUAAGGAUGCUGGGCUAUCUAGGGGUCUUUUAUUUUCCACAGAGUGGAAGAGCACAUGUAGCAAGCAUGAGGAUACGUGAGGGAAAUAUUUACUGCAGCCUUCAUGCAUGAAACAACUUGAGGGAGGACACAGAUCCGUGGGCCCUGCUGCACCUUGGUACACCUCAGUAAAAUGCUGUGCAGCCCUGGCACACAAGCAGGACAUGCAGGUUUGGCACCACGCUGUUUGGUGCAGCUGCAGCCUUCUGCAUCCUCCCAGCAAGGCUGCAGUGCCGGGAUGGCAUAGAUGGAAAAUUGCUUUCCAGCUCUCCCUCCAGUGAGGCGGUGCCUUCCGCCAUACAGCCAUUUGGUUGUAUUUUUUUGUGAACACCAAUGCAUCUGUGUUCAUCUUGCCUUGUGCUGGGCAAUUUGGGGUUCUCCUUGAACCUCCGGCCUUGGCAUUUUUAGGAGAUUUGUUUUUUUCCCAGGGUGGAAGUCAGAUUUGGUAAAAAUGAGGCACUUACAUGCAUGAGGGUUGUGCCCUUCUUUAUAUGCUUGGUUUUUAAGAAGUAGGAACUCGGGUUCCAUGACCACAGUAAAUCAGCUAAGGCCAGAGGGGCUUAUGAAUUUCAAAGCCUGGAGACUUCUGGCCAAAUCCCAGUGCUUGGGGAAGGCAGCAGAUUCUUUCAGCUCUUGAAGCUCUGCCUGCAGAUUGCUGAAAAAAAUGGAUUUGGGGGAGCUGUGAGGAGGGAGCAUUCCCUUCUAUUUUCUUUUUCACCUUUGAGGGCUAUUUUUGUUUGUGUAUACCUUCUUUGAGCAUCAUUAUAACCACAGAAUUCAUAUUUUAGAGAGAGUGUGUUUCUUCCCCUGCCCUUUAAUUAACAGAUGAGGGCUACCAACCAUCACCCAAGAGUAUUCCAGCAAAACGAAGACAUUUCUGGUGUAUAUAUAUUUAUGUGGUGAACAUGCAGAAGUAAAAAAUAGAAUUUAUAGCUGCAGUGUAGUAUUAAUAGUAGCCUUUCAACUUCCUAGCCAUCAGAAUUAAUUUGGAGUCAGGGCGGUCGGUUCUAAGUUGCUUUUCAUUUCUAAGAUACCUUUAAAUAGAGAGCUGAGGGGCAAAUGUGCCUCGCAUGCUCCCCAUGAGCAGUGGGGCAGUGCUGUCCUGCCUUGGGGUAGCUGUGCUGCUGUUGUCUUGGUGAGGUCUUUAGAGCCAAAGGUUGGCUCAGUGUGAAACAAGCAGGGUCCACUGGUCCUUUCUGGUGCCCGGCAAAAGCCUUUUUUCUCACUUUUUCUUUGAAAAUGCAGGGAUACAGGGAAUUAAUUCCAUGUUGUCUGGCUCGCUGCCGUGAGAUUAUGUGGGAACUCUUCUGCUACUCUUAAUUACCCAUGAACGGUUGUGCCUAGAACAUAUCCUGGGAGAACAUAUGCUUCUGUUUUUGCCUCUGCUAAAAUCAUCUUUUUUUGUGCUGCCUUCCCACAUCACCUAACUCAGGGAGAUUUUGGGCUAUGGCCGAGACCCCCACGGUUUAAUGCAAAACAAUAAUAAUCAAAAAUGCUUAACUACGACUACUUCUGUGCUGGUUUUUUAAAUGCUCAGGAGCCUGCUUGGUGAAAUUUGGAGGAUAAAAAAUGUCCAACUAGUAGUUAAUUUUUACUGAGGUGCAGGUGCCUGUGGUGUUCAGAGAGAUUUUCCCUGAACCAAAUGUGAGAGGCAAUGCCUCGGCUUGCACCAAUCUCCUGAAUAGCUUUCAAGUUUGGGGUUUGUGUUCUUUGGGGGGGUUUUCCCUGACGCUUUCCUUGCACGUUAACCCCUGGCAGCUUUCCAGCAUUGUUCUCUGAGAGGAUAGAGCAGUGCUUUCACUGCUAAUUCUGCAGAGAUUUGAGUGAUAGCGCUGGUAGAGGUUAGGGACUGCAGCUGGAGCAGCUUCAGGUUGCAGUGCCUUUCCAUUAACAUACAUAUUCCUUGCUUGCUGAAGGUAACUGCUGCCAGUGUUGGCCAUCACGGUUCAGGAUCUCCGUUCUGAUUCACUUCUCUGUUGUACAACUGCUGCUGAAAUGUGAGUGCUGAAACCCUAGCAAAAAUUCCCUCUGUUGUCAGCACUACGCAGAUGAUUCUAACUGUGUAAUGCAAAGGCUCCAGGUAAAUUCACCAUUAAAGCUCUGACCAGCCAACAUUGUCCACCAGCACAUUUCUGACAAGCAUCACAGUGUACCUUCGUAUCCAGACUCUUCCUUCUCUUUGCUUAUCAUCUAACUUUUGCUAUUGUAAUGCUGGGUUUUCAUAGGAUUUCCCAAAGUUGGCUUCAUGUGCUGUAAGAGCUAUGGUUGAGCUGUGCUGUUGGAUCUGCGAUCUGAAUUGUGUUGCUGUGCAACGACUUGUGAUACUGGAUCUCCAGAGCUUCCCUUGUUUACAUGGAAGCAUGAAAGUAACCAGUAUGGAUCUCCAACUGGGCCACCUUUUGCUGAAGAAGCAUUUGUUCUGAGUGUUAGUGACUCUUGCUGCUUGCACAGGGUUGUUACCUGGUUGCAAAGGAGUUGUGAAAAGGUGUAAGCACUCAGUGUUGCAUUCAGGUUUGUAGCUUUGCAGUCUGGAUGCAACUCUUGGGUGGUACAAGGAAGCCUCUGCUGGGUUACCCAAAAGGGGUACACUGUGUGGUCAUACAUGUCCAAGCCUGCUAUAGACAGUUUAAGUACGGAGCUCCUCUAUUCCCCCCACAGUUGCUGCUGUUCCUCUGCCUUGAGUUGUUCUCACAUAUGCCUACUUUGCUGGAGAGGACGGUACUCUCCAGGCCAAUUCUGCCAUGGAUACUCUUCUCCUGUCCUGGGCAUCAGCACUGCUGCAGCUGGUGCCUGUUUUAACCCUGCUACCUGCAUCUGCCAGGGGACCCACUUGCAGCAUGUCAUAAUGUCUGAGCAGGAGCUUGGAUGGAUUGCAGUACAUGCAUUUCACACCAGCAUAGCAAUUGUGCUGGGGCAGAACUGGAGCGAUGCUGUGAGCCUGAUGAAUGUAUUUGUUGGCAAAAUGUUUGUUUUCUAAAUGCUCAGUGUUGGUUUUCUAGCAGCUCUUUUCCUCUCUGCUUGGUGAAAAGCUAACAUUUGGGUGCUUCAUUUUUUUUAUGGAUUUCUACCACAUAUUUUGGUACACAGUCUGAAAGUUCAUGUAGCUCUGUGCAGGUAGGGAGGUGAUACGUCUUCCUUUGCUGGAAACAAAUUAAUCCAUCCAUUCAUGCGUAAAAAUCUUAACUGUCAUGGAAAUUUUGUUAAGAAUGUGACACUGCAAUCAAGGGUCAAAUCUCUCAGGAACACAUUCUGGCAAAUUAAAGAGGUUUUUUUUGUUUGUUUGCUUUUGUUACUCUGGGUGAUGGUAUCUUUCUCUUUUGAAGUUGUAUAAAAGUUCAGCCAUGUUAGGAGCCAGAUGGUUGUCUGGGACAGCUCACUGCUUUUAUGGAAUGGAGGAGAAUGGGGAAAACAACUUGGUUUUUUGUUUUUUUUUUUUUCUUUUUUAUAGGUGAAUCAAGGACCUUCUUUUCUUCCUUUCAUAUUUUUUCUAAUACAUUUGGUUUGGUGUUUAUUUAUUUAUUUAUUUAUUUUGUCAUCUGGCUGACACCGGCUUAGCACUCAAGAGGCUGUUACAUUCAUAUGCCCAUAACGGCAGCAGGCUGAGACAAAGCAGUGCUGUGGUGGCUGACAAGGUGAUGCUGUAUCCUGGCCAUGGAGUGACAGAAGGGAGGCUUAGUGCUGCAGCUGCUCUUGCAGUUACUUUGUGGUGAAAGUGCCUAAGCAACUUAUGAACAGGACUACAGUGUAUUAGGCUUUAUUUAAGUACACCAAAAUACACACUCAAAAAGUACAUAUGUACAUGCACAUAUAUAUGUAUAUGCAUUCCCAGUUAAUAGAAAGUAGGUUUGCAAGUAGCACUGGUGGGAGUGCUGUAGCUUCCUUUGGCUGUCUGAUGUGUUCCCAUUGUUGGCUGGUAUGGUCUAUGUCUUAAUGAACAAGUAUGCUUUAAAUUAGUCUCUGAUAAACCACCAGCCAUCCUGUGGGAAUGACUUACAGACUCUGCUCUCUUUGGCUGACAGUCUGGGUUUCCUUCCUGGGUUUUAUGGGGUUGGUGAGCCAAAGGAGCAUCCCACCAGCCUGCUGUUCACCCGCCAGCCCUGCCCGUGCUGGAGCAGCUGUGCAGCAGCAGUUGCCAUCUGUCUGGGUGAGGACAGAUUGCUCACGCAGAGAAUCAGGAAGUAAUUAUAAAGUGAAUCUCAUUUGCUCUUUGAACACGUGGAGGUCCAACAAGCUCUCCCUCCCCCCCUCCUGCAGGAAAGGGAAGAAAAUGAUAGGAGCGAAAUGCUGGAGAGGAAAGGUACAAACUGCUGUUUUCACCAUUCAUCCACCCUGUGCUGCUCAGCUGAGCUGCUGCUGGCAGAUUGCACUCUCCUCACCCAGUGGAGAUGGCCAUGGGGGCUGUGCAGAGAGCUCCAGGUCCUGGAGACUGAGAGCUGCCUUUUUUACAACGGGAUGAAUUUUUUAACCAAAUUGUAUCACCUGUCAAGAGCUCUCAUGUGAUUCUUGGAAGCCUGCUACAGAGUCUUGGCUAUCGGUUAUUCAGUCCUGCUUUCUUCUCCCUUCAGCAGUUUCUUUUUUGAACAGCAAACGGAGGGAACUGCUCGCAUUGCUGCUGCUGCUGCUCCAGCUGCGCGUGUGUGUGUGUAAACAGGAUGGUGUAUCUGUAGCUGCCACGCGCAAACACACAUUUGACCAUGAGGACUCUUCGCAGGUUGAAGUUCAUGAGUUCGCCCAGCCUCAGUGAUCUGGGCAAGAGAGAGCAGGCAGCCUUGGAUGAGCGGGGGACCCAGCAGCGACGGGCCUGCUCCAACGCUACCUGGAACAGUAUCCACAAUGGAGUAAUAGCCGUGUUCCAGCGUAAGGGUCUCCCCGAUCAUGAACUCUACAACCUCAAUGAAGGAGUCAGGCAGUUGUUGAAAACAGAACUGGGAUCCUUCUUCACUGAAUAUUUACAGAAUCAGCUGCUCACAAAAGGCAUGGUGAUCCUAAGAGACAAGAUCCGGUUUUAUGAAGGGCAGAAACUGCUGGAUACCUUAGCUGAAACCUGGGAUUUUUUCUUCAGUGAUGUCCUGCCCAUGCUUCAGGCUAUUUUCUACCCGGUGCAGGGGAAGGAACCCUCAGUUCGGCAGCUGGCUCUUCUGCACUUUAGGAAUAUAAUUACCCUCAAUAUUAAACUAGAAGAUGCAUUAUCACGUUCCAGAGCAAGAGUUCCACCUUCUAUUAUUCAAAUGCUGCUAAUACUCCAGGGGGUUCAUGAGUCAAAAGGUGUGACUGAAGAUUAUUUGAAACUGGAAUCUCUGAUCCAGAAAGUGGUUUCACCUUAUUUGGGCACCUAUGGUCUGUAUUCCAGUGAUGGACCCUUCACACACUCUUCCUGUAUCCUGGAGAAGCGGUUCUUCAGACGUUCCAAGUCAGGUGACAUCCUCGCCAAGAACCCCGUGGUGCGAUCGAAAAGCUACAAUAAUCCACUGCUGACACCAGUAGCUGAGUAUGAAACAGAGGGUAUGGCUGCCAACGGGACAAGCAUCCGAAGACACUCUGUUUCAGAAAUGACUUCCUGCCUGGAGCUCCAGGGGUACUCCAACCUCACCACCAUCAUGGACAACGGUUCUAAGAGCUCCAUGACAGCCACAAAAAACUUGCUGUCAGACCAGGAGCGGUCCAGUGCUGGGCCAGCGCAGUGCUCUGGCAAACUCAGCACAGUGGAGCAACAAAAAGGACACUUCCACUCAAUGGACGACCCACAUAGGUCUUUUGAGCUGGACAGGGACCCUUCCUUGAUUCCCGUUCCUUCUUCUAGCCCUGAGAACAUAGUGGAUCAGAUUUUAGAGUCAAUUGACUCUGAUUCUGAAGGCAUUUUUAUUGAUUUUGGCCGAGGCUGUUCCAAAUCAUCAGCAUACAAUGUGGACGUGAACAGACAGAGCGUCUUGUGAAGGAUAGCAGGACACAAGCCUUGGGUUUUAAUAUUAUACAAGAAAGCUACUAACAUGUUGAGUCAGACCAUGAGCAGAAACUAUGUGUGUCUAGGGCACGACCUCAGCUGUGUUGAAGUAUAGAAACACAACAGUUUACAGCAGGCAGGAAUCGGCUGCCUGGGGGGAGAAACCCCGAUGACUUCUCCCUGUCCCCAUCCUCUGCGUUUUGAUUUCUUACUGUCUUUCUAAACAUAGGAAUUCACAAACUAACAGGUGUCUGGUAAAAUGCUGCUGUUACAACUGGCAGCGUCUUAUUCAGUAAUGCCACCUAGUAGGUGACUCAAGAGAUUCCUGUAGAAGGGCGGGUUGUUCUCUGGACUGUAACAUGUCAGCUGGAGCACAGAAAAUUAUCCUUUUAAAAAGAAAAACAGAAAAAACAGAGGCUGUGGUCCUUCAUGCCACAGGAUACAAUGGUAAAGAAGUCUCUUUUAAUCUUUUCUUGUACAUCUUGUAUGCACUCCUUUGCCCAACCGUGAGUUAAGAGUUCUUGAAGAAAGGCAAAUAAAUGGAAAUGUGCUACCUGA